AUGACAACAGAACUAGCGUCUUAUUCCUCGGUAUACGUUUCAGCGGCUUCGGUCUUCGACUCGGCCACCUCGGUCCUGGCAACUGUCACAGCAAAGGUCAGUUCGAAGAGUUUGGCCAUUAUUGCUGAGCAGGCUAAAGCCACCAUGUCGUACUACUCGCUCGCACAGGCUGCGGCGACUAUCACGGACCCUGCAGCAGCUGCCAGUGCAUCUGCCGAGGCCGCGGUUGCUUCGGCAGUUAUGAAAGAACUGUUUGACCAUAAUUCUUUCUAUGGAGGACACGCCCCUUCUUUGGGUGGAAACAUUGCCCUACUAGUUGUGAUGAGUAUCUUUCUUGCCAUGCAGGUCGUCUAUGGGGCCAUCUACAGAAACUGGUGGUUCUUUACUUGCUUUAUCUGCGGUUUAAUUCUCGAGGUCCUAGGUUAUUGCGGGCGUAUUUGGUCCUCGCAAAACAUUAUGUCCUUUGAUGGUUAUGUUCUCCAACUAGUCUGUCUAACACUGGCUCCCUGUUUCAUCAUGGCCGGAAUAUAUUACACAAUUGGUGAGAUGACGAUUAUCAUGGGCCAAAUGUAUUCCUUGCUCAAGCCUAUGCAAUAUUCCCUAAUUUUUAUUAUGUGUGACAUAACUGCGCUUGUUGUGCAGGCUAUUGGCGGUGGGGUUGCUUCCAAUGCUCUGAGUUUGCUCGAAAGCACCCGUGGCGGUGCCGACAUCAUGGUUGGAGGCCUUGCCUUCCAAGUUUUUUCCAUCGCACUUUUCCAGUUCUUUUGGUACAUCUUUCUGUUCAGAUGCUAUAGAAGCUACAGAAAGCAUGGAGACGACAGUUUUGACCCCCAAUACGCUUCGGUCAGAAAGAGAAAAGUGUUUUUGGUCUACAUUGCUUUCAUUUCACUUGCAGUUAUUUUCGUGUUCAUUCGGUCAAUCUACCGUCUAAUUGAGCUUGCACAGGGCUUUGCCGGCCAUUUGGCGGUGACGGAGAUCUACUUUUUUAUUCUAGAGGCACUUAUGAUGGCUAUCGCUAUAUGCCUCAUGCUUAUUACAUACCCAGGUGCUGUUUACGGGCGCAACACUAAGAUUGAAGUCGACAAGAGCGCCAGGGGUCUAUUUGAGAGCACAUGGUGGUCCAACCGCUUGCAGAAGAAGGACCCUGUGGAGCCUGCAGAGCCGGUCAGAGACGAAAAAGAGAAAGCUGCAGAGCCGUUCUAA